GUGAAAAAUACCAUCACCACAAAACGAGUGACCUUCGUUAUCGUCGCCGUCUUCGUCAUCCUCAUCUCCAGUGUCUCGCCGCUGUACGUCGUCAACCAAAUCGACUGGAAAUUUGACCCACGCAAAAACAAAACACUUUUGGGUCUUGUCUUUACGACAAACAGAGAACAAGUUGAGAAGAUUUCGUAUGUCAUCAACAAUGUCUUCAUUCCGCUGACUGCAUUUGUAAUCAUCACCGUUUGCACGAUAACAUUAGUAAUCAAACUACACAGAACAGUAAAAUGGCGCCAAAUGUCCAUUGCAGAUUCCCAAACUGAUAACGUGACGACACGCAACCAGCGAGUAGCUAAAAUGGUGGUUAUGAUUUCUUCCUUGUUCAUUGCUUGCUUUCUGCCGUUCAGUUUUAUCUUCAUCGCCAUGUCCCUGGAUCCAGACCUGUCGCUUAGCGGCAAACACAUCAAAACGUUGAUUAUUAUUGGAGGUCUGGGUUUUUUCCUUGAAUCCGUCAACUCGUCGGUGAAUAUUUUCAUUUAUUAUUCGAUGAGUAGUCGCUUUAGAGAAACAUGCAGGAGUUUGUUCAGGAUCAACAGUCAUGGCCAAUGA